GGACGCCUAGCCUUGGACAGGUCCGGCUAUGGUCGUGGCCCGGAAAUUAAUUAAAAAGGUAAGUCGAUAAUGCACGGGUGUUCUUCGCGUUUCUGUGUCUCGAUUGUUAUUGUUCGCAGUGGCACUGGGCAGCUUGUUCAGGCCACCCAGCUGAGGUUCACGAGAGAUACGCCGACGGCAACCUAACUAACUCACCGCUUCGUGAUUGUUGAGUGCUUCAGUUGUGGAGUGAGUGUGGCGUUCAGGGGUGAUUGACGGUUUGAAUUGAACGGGACAAGCCGUUCGAGUUUGAUAUUCUAAAGCUCUGGGUUGAGAAGGGACUUGAGAGAGCGGUGCUUGCGUUGACUAAGGUACACUAUCAAAGCCUUUGAUUCCGAUUCUUCGCAGGAGAAGUGAAGAAGAGUACAGCGACGAACUGGGCGAUUGUUGCUUGGAAGAAGGCGAUAUACUGUGCGCGGAACGGAGUCCUUGACCAGAAAGGCGAUAGUGUUGGGAGCGUGAGCAACUGAAAUAGCAAGUCCUCUAUCGACUUUGGGAGUGUCCCGACGGGAAACACACAGAACCUGCAGCGAGCGAGAUUGUCCAGCCUUGACUCGACUCCGUACGGAGACUCGCAAGCUCAAAGCAAUAUAGCCAGAACAGCAUCUUCGCGACGAACGAACACCAGUCAACGAUCCCUCACCACUAGCAUCCAGCAUCCAGCAUCAAGCAUCCAACAGCCUCCGAACCACUUACCGACCGACCUCACCAUCACACUCGGCAAGUUAGAAAAUGGUCCAUCUCAUCCUCACCGGCGCAACCGGCCUCGUCGGCUCCGCCGUGCUCUCCCACAUCCUCUCCCUCCCAGCCAGCGCGACUCCGCAAAUCACACGCCUGAGCAUCCUCUCGCGCAAUCCGAACAUCGCCCUCCUCGCCAGGCCCCAUCCGCCUCCCGGGACGCCGAACGCAAACAAGCACACCAAGAUCGAAGUCAUCGAGCACAAGGACUUUGGCACGUUUCCGCCGGAGCUUCUUGAGAGAUUGAAGGGUGCCGACGCGUGUAUCUGGUCGUUGGGCGUGAGUCAGAACGACGUCGAUCGCGAGACGUAUGUGCGGAUCACGAGGGACUUUGCAGUGAAUGCUGCCAAAGCGUUUUCCACGCUCAAACAAUCCUCGUCCACGCCGUCCUUGCAGUCCUUGCAGUCCUCACAGCCACAGUCAACGCACAACACGGCUGGCACUGGCACUGGUGGCCGUACCAAGGAUGCGACCGAAGCCUUACAGGGCAAAGAGGGCGAAGGCGAGCAUGGGAAGUUCAAAUUCAUCUAUGUCUCGGGCGAAGGUGCCACACAGACGCCCUCGCGACUUACGCCGUUGUACGGGCGCGUCAAGGGCGAGACUGAGACCGCGCUGCUCGAAUUGGCCAGACAGCCUGAUAUGAGACGCAAGCUCAGCGUGUACAGUGUGCGUCCCGCGGCCGUGGACGGGACGAAUCAGCCGUGGCUGUGGAAGGAGAUUCUCAAGCACCACAGGACGGCGUUUCAGAGUUUCUACCUGCGCGCGUUGAUCGGGCCGAUCCGACACCUGGGGAAGGCGAGUUGGGUGAGUCCCACGGAGGACUUGGGGAGGGUGUUGGUUGACAUGGCGCUGGACGACAGCAAGGGGAUGGGAGGUGGCGAAGGAGAAGAGGAACAGGGAGGAGGGUACGAGAUGUAUGGGCCGGAUGGGUUGAGUGGGGAUGGUGGGAGGAUUUUGGAUAAUGUGGUGCUGCGGCGGUUGGGGAGGGAGGGCGAGACGAGAUAAAUACUACGCUGGAUCGGUCAUUCUGCGAGUGUAGUGAAGGGCAGUUGGAGAGAAGGCUUAGCGAGGAAGGGAGGAGGAGACAGGCACUGGGAGGCAGAAGAGAUAUUGAUAUAUAGCCAGCGAUGAGCCUGGGAAGUAAGGGUGUGAUUCUGGCUCCGUCUUGCUGAGUCCAAGAUGGAUUAUGCUGCUGAGUAAUUGGAUGAAAGUACUCCGUAU